CCGCUGUGGCUGUCGGAGCUGCCUCCCCUCCCGCCCAGGCCGCGUGAGGCCGGAGCCGCGGGGCUCGGCGUGCAGGUCCCGGACCGGGGCCGCCUCUCCCGGGAGUUGUCUGCUUAGAGCCUCGCGCCUUCCGCGCCGGAGUUCCAGCGAGCGCCCUCUCCUCUCCCAACACCCCAGCCUCUCCCCAGCCUGUAAAGUCGCCGGUACCCCCUCGGGCUUCUCGGAGGCAGCAACUUUCCCCUCUGGCCAGCGCGGGGCCGGGCGCCCGUCCGCUCGAGGAAUAGCGCGCAGCACAGCAGCCCUGCGUCCCGCCGCCCACCACGACCGACGGGAGCCGCUGGGACGGCCGCGCCCAGAGAGCCAAGGACCUGGAGAAACAGCUUCGCCUGCGCGUGUGCGUGCUCUGCGAGCUCCAGAAGACCGAGCGGGACUAUGUGGGCACGCUGGAGCUCCUGGUGUCGGCAUUCUUACAAGAAUGAACCAGUGUGCAGCAUCAAAAACUGAUAAAAAUGUAACAAAAGAAACAGUAAAGAUGCUGUUCUCAAACAUUGAAGAUAUCCUUGCUGUACAUAAGGAAUUUUCAAAAGUCAUGGAAGAAUGCCUGCAUCCAGAACCUAACGCUCAACAAGAAGUGGGAACCUGCUUUCUUCACUUUAAAGACAAGUUUCAUAUAUAUGAUGAAUAUUGUAGUAACCAUGAGAAGGCAGAGAAAUUGGUUCUCGAACUUAACAAAAUAAGAACAAUCUGCACAUUUCUUUUGAACUGCAUGCUACUUGGAGGACGGAAGAAUACAGAUGUUCCCCUGGAAGGAUAUUUAGUAACAUCAAUACAAAGAAUUUGCAAAUACCCUCUCAUUUUGAAGGAGUUGCUGAAGCGGACUCCAAGGAAACACAGUGACUACACAGCGGUAAUGGAAGCCCUCCAAGUCGUGAAAGCUGUCUAUUCCAACAUAAACAAGGCCAAGAGGCAGAUGGAGAAGUUAGAAGUCUUAGAGGAAUGGCAGUCUCACAUUGAAGACUGGGAGGGAUCCAAUAUCACCGACACCUGCACUGAGAUGCUAAUGUGUGGUGUCUUGCUGAAAAUUUCUUCUGGAAAUAUUCAAGAACGGGUGCUUUUUCUUUUUGAUAAUCUUCUGAUGUAUUGCAAAAGGAAACACAGGUAUACAAUAGAGGGAUUCACCCUCCCACCCCAACUACUGUCAGCUCCUGUUGCCACGCACUGAUUUGCGUUGGAAACCCAGGUGCACCUCGG